AUGGCGAAGAAGAGCGCUUGGACGACCCCACGGAAGGGGGGAGGAGCAUGGAAGACCGGCGCCCAAGACGACCAUGCGCAGGAAGAGGAAGAUAAGACCUCGCUCUGCACGUACAAGUUCGGCAAGUGCUUGAACCCCCGGACGCGCAAGAUCAACGGGACGCUCCACUCGCUCUGCUCCAUGCACCGCAUGCGCCAGAACGCCCAUCAGCUUAAGAGCGACCGGAAGCGACGCGAGAAGCAGCGAACGACCGACUCGGGCGCGUCCUCGUCGUCGUCCGAACCCAUGUCAUCCACGUCGACGAUCGUCGACAACGCGCUCCUUCUCUCGCUCAAGCACGACGUCGAGACGCUCAUUCGCCUCGUCAAGACCGUCCUCAACCAGUCCCCGAACGCCAACGUGGACACGUGCUGGAGCCUCCUCUCGCUCCACGAGCAGCGCCCGACCCCGCAGGAACCCCAGAGCUUUCUCGAGCUCCACACAGACGGGCAGUCGCCGGACGACGUGCUGCACUUUAGUACAGCGCCAUUCGAGUGGCCGGCGCUGCAGCUCCCGCUCGACAAGCCUGCGGAAGCGCAAGGGCAACUCCCGUCCUUGCUCGACCUCUCGCGCAGCCCGCACGAGACGGCGAUCUAA